GUGCUUAUUUUAAAUGAAAAAUUUAUAAGUUACAGAUCGAAAUGACACAGGAGGCUAAUAACUAUGCGUUCCCCAGCUGUGCCGAGGAGGUGGCCGUGUAUGUGGAACAACUUGUGAGGAACACCAACGAAGAUUUGAAAAACUUUCGACUGGAGCAAACUGCACUUCAUUCGCAUAUAAGUACCAUGCUGGACGAUAAUCAAAACAUGAGCAGUAAACUGGAAAAAUACCAGAAAAUGGAAAUCUCGGAUGACGUUGAGCAUUUGAAACAACAACUUCGUUUGUCAAAUGAGGCGCUGUCCAAGGCGCUAUCGCAAAUUGAGAGAUUUAAAGUGGAUCGACAUUGCAUGGAAAAAAUCAAAGAAUGCGCAGAUCGAACAAUUAGGAACAUGGAAACUGAACUGCAGAGUUAUCGUACACAAUUGUCUAAGGGUGACAGCCAGCAGCUAUAUGACAAAUCAAUUAAAAUGCUGGAGCACAAACUGAAUGUUCAACAGGAGAAAAUACAAACGCAGGCGAAAUUAAUCCAUGUAUUACAAGAGCACAAAAAGCACUCUGGAGAACAGAUUAAAGAUCUACAAUCAGAGUUAAACGAGCGUAAACAGGAUAUGGAUAAUCAGGAAGAAAAUAAUGCAAAGAUUAGUAGUUUAAAUAAACAGCUGAAGGAGUGCAGCAAAUCCUUGCAACACACUCGGGCGAUGCUUGAGAAGAGCACCAAACGAGAGAAAAUGGCCAUGUUAAAGGUUCAAGAAGCUAUCGAAAUUAAUGAGGCCACCCAGCGAGAGAAGGAAGAUGCUGAAAAGCUUGCGGAAACGUAUAAGGAGGAAGCCACACAACUGGCCACCAACAUUGGCAACAUAAUGGAUGAAGCCGCCAAGCGUGUGGACAAUGAAGUCGAACAGCUCAAGACGAAGCUCGCGAAAAGGGAUAAGACGAUAUUAUCGCUGCGGGAAAAGUUCAACCAUCAGAUGGCCGAGCACAAGUCCGUGGUGCAGUCACUGGAAGAUCGAUACAAUCGUAUGACCCAAAAAUAUGAGCAGACACUUAAAUUAAACGAGAAACUUGAGGCACAUGUAGAGAGUUGCAACAAGCGUCUCAUUAAUAUGGAACAAUGUACCUUCAAGGAAGAAGAGCAUCCUCUCAAGUGCAAGAAUGACAGCGAUCCACCACUAGAGUAUUAUGUGCAUGCUUAUAAGGAUAUGAAAUCCCACUACAAAAGUAUUGUAAAUGAUUUAACAAAAAGAUUCGAAGCUGAAUUUGAAAGCCUCCAAAAGGAAAAGUGUGAACUGCAGGCCGAAAAUGAAAUAUUGAGAAGUGGUCCUGCUGGAGACGGCAUCGGAAAAUUCUUAUAGUAUUUAUGUAUACAU